AUGCCGUUUCCCUUCACCAAGAAGAGGUCUUCCAACAACCCCAUCUCACCCGCGGAACACCCACCACCACUCCCGCCCAGUACCCCGCCGCCAUACCACUACCACGACUCCCGGAGUUCAUCGCCGGAGAAGAGUGACGCUGCGGCCAAGGAGAAGAAGAAGUCGGCAAAGUACCGCGAGAAGGAUAACAAGCAGCUUCGGCCCAAGACGCAGCAGCGAUUCUCCUGGUCCACUGCGUCACGCCGAUCCUCCAGUUUCGACCACGACGAGCACCCGCUGAAUCUUCCGCCAGACGAGUUGCGCCGCUUGAGCCAACUCUCGCACAGCCGCAGUAUGGCUAGCAGGGCGGAGUCGUAUGAGGGUGGAGUGCCCGUUGCCGAAGACCCAAUGGAGGAGACUACACCAGCGCCAGAGACGCCGGGCUCUUUCCCACAGACAAAUGGCACGGGCAGUGCUGCUAUCAACGGUGUCAAUGGCGACCACGGCGAGCAGCAGCAGCAGCAAGGUGACCAGCGGCCAACACCUCCACCCCACCGGACGCCCAAGAGCCCUUCACCACAGCUGGAGAUACGGGAAGCGGACGCCGAGGCCUUCAAGGCUGCGGGCAACAAGCUCUACAAGGCGGGGCAGUAUGGCAGUGCCAUUGACGAGUAUACCAAGGCUAUCGAAGCGAACCCAACAUCGCCGACCUACCUGUCCAACCGAGCAGCAGCAUACAUGGCCGCCAACAUGUUCGUACAGGCAUUGGAAGACUGCAAGCUGGCAGACGAGCUGGAGCCCAACAACCCCAAAGUGCUGCACCGAAUGGCAAAAAUUUACACUUCGUUAGGACGACCGCAAGAAGCAUUGGAAGUCUACGAUCGGAUACAGCCACCAGCGACAGCAAAGGACAAGGCACCGGCACAGGUCAUGCAUCAACAUUUAUCACAGGCUCAGGAGAGCUUAGAGGGCGGCACAAGCGGGUCCAUGGUGCUCUUUGCGUUGGAUCAGGCCGAGAAGGGACUGGGAUCGAGCGUGCAGCCACCUAGGAAGUGGAGACUGAUGCGUGGUGAGGCUUACCUCAAGAUGGGAACAAUCAACAGCUUGGGAGAUGCACAGAACGUGGCUAUGUCGCUACUCCGAUCGAACAACGCAGACCCUGAGGCACUGGUACUGAGAGGGAGAGCACUUUACGCACAAGGCGAGAAUGACAAGGCACUGCAGCACUUCCGACAAGCGAUCUCGUGUGAUCCAGACUACAAAGACGCUGUAAAAUACCUCCGAAUGGUACAAAAGCUCGACAAGAUGAAGGAAGAAGGUAACACCCACUUCAAAUCAGGCCGCUACCAACGCGCCAUCGACGUCUACAACACCGCCCUCGAAGUCGACCCCAACAACAAAGGCACCAACUCCAAAAUCCUCAACAACCGCGCCAUGUGCUGGACCCGCCUGAAGCAAUACCAAAAGGCCAUCGAAGAUUGCGACCGCGCCGUCCAGCUCGACCCAACCUACACCAAAGCCCGCAAGACCCGCGCCAAAGCGUUGGGAGAGAGCGGCGACUGGGAAGAAGCCGUCCGCGCAUACAAGAAGAUUGCAGAGGAUCAACCCGAAGAACCAGGCAUCGCGAAGGAGGUCCGAAACGCCGAACUCGAGCUGAAGAAGAGCAAACGCAAGGACUAUUAUAAGAUUCUAGGUCUGGAGAAGGACUGCAGCGAGACGGAGGUGAAGAAGGCGUAUAGGAAGUUGGCAGUGGUGCAUCAUCCUGAUAAGAACCCUGGCGAUGCCGAGGCGGAGCAUCGGUUCAAGGAGAUUCAGGAGGCGCACGAGACGUUGAUUGAUCCGCAGAAGAGGGAGAGGUAUGAUUCAGGAGUGGAUUUGAUGGAACCUGGUGAGGGUUUCGGUGGGGGAGGUUUCCCUGGGGGAGGUAUGGGUGGCAUGGGUGGAGGGAUGGGAGGGAUUGAUCCGGAGAUGUUGUUCAAUAUGAUGAAUGGUGGUGGCGGCGGCGGUGGAUUCCGCUUCGCACAAGGAGGCGGAGGUGGUGGAUUUGGUGGUCAGCGAGGUGGUUUCAGUCCUUUCGGAUAG